AUAGCGAUGUCCGUGACCUUGCACCUGUACGCUUAUAGAUGCUAUCCUCUUUCAGUGUACAGUCAAGAUGUCGAUUGUACAUAUCGUCUUAUUCAGACUCAAGUCUUCGUUGAGUGAUUCGGAGAAGAAAGAGUUCUGCGAUGAUAUGCUGGGCUUGAGAGAGACAUGCAUGCAUCCAACAUCGAACAAACCAUAUAUUGUGUCUUCAUCUGGUGGCAUUGACAACAGCCCAGAAGGUGCUCAGGGUGGCUUCACGCAUGGUUUCGUGGUUGAAUUUGCAUCGAAGGAGGAUCGAGAUUAUUAUGUCGCCAAAGAUCCAACUCAUCAAGCUUUUGUCAAGAAGAACAGUCCCAGAUUCGACGAUGUCAGAGUGAUUGAUUAUGAGAAAGGCGUGUACUGAAGACCAGGCGAUAAGCACAAGCUCGAGAAGUCCCGGUCCAGAUCAACCUUUUCGGAUGGAUUAAUCAUUAUGUCUGGGUUGCUGCCGCCAUCUAUGCAUAUCUGUUCGAAUGUUGCAAAGCAUUAUCUGAUCAUUCCUUCAUGACACGCUGAACGACUCUCCGCAACCGCAUUGCUCUGUAAUGUUG